GAUUGUGGAUGAGGAUACCUACGUGGACCCGGAUGACGUGACGGAUCCUGAUGAGCUCAAGGGAGAGGACACCUGGAUCCUAGAGAAACUCGCGGCCAUGCAACAGCGAGUCAAGCGUGCAUCGACGCGACAGGUCAUGGCGAUCUCGGAGGAUGAAGAUGGCACACGGCACGUG